AUGGCGGGCCAAGAUGCCUCAAUGGAGGAGAUCCUCUGGCGGUCUCCCCCGCACGUCCAGAUGAUGGGGGGUUUCCUCCACUCGAACAACAUUCUUUUCUACUUCGCCGAGUCUCCUUUCUUUGACCCGACCUCCAACAAUGCCUCGCUCGCCAUCCAAGCCAACUACAACGAUGCAUUCCGCCAUUUCGUUGAGACGCGCGAAGCCUUCGAGGCCCGACUGAAGACGAUGCAAGGUCUCGAGUUUAUCGUCUCGUAUGAUCCGCUCCAAGCAACUGCUCAAACAAAUGGUCAAUUCACCCAAGAGCCGUCCAACGUCUGGGUGAUCCGAAAACAAAACCGGCGCAAGCGAUCUGGAAUGGAUGACGAGGUAGUCGUGAUAUCCACCUACUUUAUCGUCGGCGACUGCAUCUACAUGGCCCCCUCAGUCGCCAGCGUGAUCGGCAAUCGAAUUGUAAGUUUCUCUCGCCCACUCUCAUACCAAUCUAACCACCCCCAGCUCUCCGCCGUGACGUCUUUGUCGCAACUCAUGAAAACCGCUUCCACCCUUCCAACAUUUACAUCAUCCUACGGACACACCUACAUGCCGCCCGGCGCACGCAAAGAGAAAGAAUCCCAAUCUCAAUCCCAGCAGAGCAAAGAAGCCACGCCAGUACCGGAAGGACUACCGGACUCGCAAUCAAAGGGCCUCAAUGGAACCGAAUCCGGUGCAUUGAGCUUCCAAGAUACACGUACACUAGCUGAGUCAUUCAACCUGCUCACGCGAUACGGUGACGAGUUUAUGGACGAGAGUCCGCUUGCCGGCGAACCGGGCUCGUUCAUUCUCUCGAGGAAUGGCGAGGCUGCCAGUAAAACGACAGCAAAACCUCCCGCGCCUGCGCCUGCUGCUGCGGGUGGUACGCCCUUACCGGUCCGUGCUUCAACGCCGCAGGUUCGGGUUGAGACGCCCGGAAAGUCGGAAAAAAGCCCGCCACCCAGUGGGAGUGGUGAUAAGGGAAAGAAGAAAAAGCGUGUCGUUAGUUGA